UGGAAAAGUUUGUUGUGAUGGGUUUAUGCUUAAUCAAUCAACUGGACUUUGCCAAAAGUGUCCUAGGGGAUUCUAUAGCGACAACUGUUCUGAAAAAUGCAGUCCCCCAAACUAUGGAGAAGACUGCCAGUCCAUAUGUCAAUGCCCUGAUAUUGACUGUCAUUUUGUUGAUGGGUGUUUGCAGGAUAUCAAAACUUUAACAACCCAUUGGCAACUAUCUAGUGCAACAAAAGAAAUGUCAGUUAGACUCAGCACAUUGGUAAUCUCUAAUGAGGUAUCGAAAGGUGCAAGUUUAUACCAAACUGUAAAUCAAGAUAUUUCUGAAGAUGUCAACAAAUACGAAGAUUCUACAAUGAUAUAUUUGCCAACAAAUAAUGACUUAUUCACAAAUAACUUUCUAAUUAAUUUAGUUCAAGUUAUUGUGAGUCUAGUGGGAGUUUUUGUAUUCUUUUUCGUCGCAUGCGUUGUUACAUACAUAUAUAUAAAGUGUUUCCGGCAAACAACGGGUGGUAAACGACUGAACAGCAAUCAAUGUGAAUCUGAAUACAAGUCAUUGAGUAGUAUGGAAAGAGUGGAAUAUGAUAGUCCGUUACAUCCAGAGCCACAUGUUAAUUUGGAUUUGACUUACCUUACACCAGUGUUAAGAAGCAUUGAAAAAAGAGAAACAUCUUCUCUGGCAGAAAACAACAUUUUAGCAGAUAUCCACACACAAAGACAUGCAACUAGUUCACAACCUACAAAUGAACACACACCAACUACUGACACUUUACAAAAUCAUGUUUACAUUGAGAUUGUAGAGGAUAAAAUCGAAAGUUCAAGAGUACAUGACGAUCCUGACAGUGAAACUUUAUGCAUAAAAAAUAAUCGAAAAAGUUCAUAGAAAUUACAAUCUACAUACAGGAACGAUAAUAACGACAAGCUUAAACAAUUUAUGGAAAAGCCAAUAUACCCAUUU